UUCAUUUUUGCAAGCUUCGGAAAAAAAUGCAGAGCAGCACCGCAAAUUCCUCCGCUGCCGCACCUUCAAAACGCCUCCUUUUCGACCGCCGCUACGGUUGGGUGUUGGAUGAAUGGAAAGACCCAUCAGAAGAAGCCUUAACUGGUGGCCGUGGAAUGUUCUGCAUCUUGCCUAUAGCAAAAGGAUUGCUGAAGACAGUUAUAGCGGCAUCACAAUCGAUCAAUGCUGCUGCAAGCUCCACCUUGAAAGGCCAGAAUCUCCCUCCCGAAGAUAUGCUAGCAAAUCUCAAUCAUCAAGUGCACAAAGUGGCAUCUUCAAUAAAGAAACCGCAACUGGAUUUGAUGCCGCUCAAAAGAAACUUCAUAUGGAAGUCGGCUUCUUGCUCAUCACAUCUUCAUGAGAACAAUAACGAUUCAUGUAAUAGCUGAUGUUUAGAGACGAGGAGUUCUUCUAUCUGUCUCUUGAUACAAAAAGCUUGAGGCUAGUCUUGGUCUGGGUUGUGUCUGGCUCGAUCCAAGUGUGCACCAUUGGGUUGACUGUUCAGGUCCACCCGUAAAGGCUGGUCUGGCUUGGUCCAAGUGAGCACCAUGUGUUUUACAUUCUAGAUUCUUUAUACCUCUCUGCUUUUUCAACUGAAAUGUAAUUUGGAUAAUUUGAAUUGUAGAGUUUUGAAAUUUGUAACUUACUAAAUACAAUCAUCCUUAACUAAGAAAAUAUGGUAAAUUUAAUUUUCUAAA